CGCUCCUCCCGCUCCUCCCGCUCCUCCCGCAUCUCCAGCUGUGUGGCUCCAGCCCCGCAGGCUGGGUCGGCCAUGUUGUUGUGUGGGGGUUGAUGGAAGUUUAGUAGUGGAAGUAAAGCCUCCACAGCGCUGGGAUACUUUUCUUUUUUUUUUUCUUUCUAAUCCCUGCCAUGCCGCUGCAGGAUCCAUCCUCCUCUCCGUCCCGCGCGCUCCGCGCACAAUGAGCGUCUCCUCCGCCGCCAUCCUCCAGGACCGCGACACUUGAGCCGCUUUCAUUCAACUUCAGCACGAAAAGAAGAAGAAGAAGAAGAAGGAAAAAAAAAAAAAGAGCUGAGCUGAGCUGAGCUGGGUCUCUGUGCCGGGAGGAUGAAGGCGGUGGAAUAGCUGGGAUUCCUCUUCUUUUCUCGUCCCUCCUGCUCCGGUCGGAGCGGAACAGGGAGAAGCCGCCGGGAGGACGAGGACGCGCAUCUGCGAAGGGUGGGACGAUGGGCUGCGUUAAAAGCAAGGAGGACAAAGGUCCCGCCAUGAAGUAUCAGUCGGAGAAUUCGCCGGCGUCGGACGCCAACGCCGCCGCCGCCACCCCCCACGUGGGUCACUACGGGCCGGAUCCCACCCAGCUCCAGCAGAACCAGGCCGCCUCGUCGUCGUCCGGCUCCGGCGCCGUGAACUUCAACCACACCCUCACGCCGUUCGGAGGCUCCUCGUCCGUCAUGACUCCGUUCGGAGGGACGUCGUCCUCCUUCUCCGGCCCCGUGUCCAACUCCUUCUCCGGCGCCGUCUCAAGCGGCGUUACGUUCUUUGUGGCCUUGUACGACUAUGAAGCCAGAACGUCGGACGACCUCACGUUCAAAAAGGGCGAUCGCUUCCAGAUCAUCAACAACACGGAAGGAGACUGGUGGGAGGCGCGCUCCAUCAACACGGGGAAGAAAGGCUACAUCCCCAGCAACUACGUGGCUCCUGCCGACUCCAUCCAGGCUGAAGAGUGGUACUUCGGUAAAAUGGGACGCAAAGACGCCGAGAGGCUGCUGCUGAAUCCAGGGAACCAUCGGGGGACGUUUCUAGUGCGAGAAAGCGAAACGACUAAAGGUGCCUAUUCUCUCUCCAUCAGAGACUGGGAUGAAGCCAAAGGAGACAACGUCAAACACUACAAGAUCCGCAAGCUGGACAACGGAGGCUACUACAUCACCACGCGGGCGCAGUUCGACACGCUGCAGAAACUCGUCAAACACUACACAGAGCAUGCGGACGGGCUUUGCCACAGGCUGACCACGGUGUGCCCCACAGUCAAGCCUCAGACUCAGGGCCUGGCCAAAGACGCCUGGGAGAUUCCCCGAGAGUCCCUGCAGCUGGAGCUCAAGCUGGGCCAGGGCUGCUUCGGAGAGGUCUGGAUGGGCACGUGGAACGGCACCACCAAGGUGGCCAUAAAGACGCUGAAGCCGGGGACCAUGUCGCCCGAGGCCUUCCUGCAAGAGGCGCAGAUCAUGAAGAAGCUCCGGCACGACAAGCUGGUGCCUCUUUACGCCGUGGUGUCUGAGGAGCCCAUCUACAUUGUCACAGAGUACAUGGCCAAAGGAAGCCUGCUGGACUUCCUCAAAGAGGGCGACGGUAAAUUCCUGAAGCUCGUCCUGCUGGUGGACAUGGCUGCGAAGAUCGCAGACGGGAUGGCGUUCAUCGAGAGGAUGAACUACAUCCACCGGGACCUGCGGGCCGCCAACAUCCUGGUGGGCGAGAACCUGGCGUGCAAGAUCGCCGACUUCGGCCUGGCCAGGUUGAUAGAGGACAACGAGUACACGGCGAGGCAAGGAGCCAAGUUCCCCAUCAAGUGGACGGCGCCGGAGGCGGCGCUGUACGGUCGCUUCACCAUCAAGUCCGACGUCUGGUCCUUCGGCAUCCUGCUUACCGAGCUCGUCACCAAAGGCAGGGUGCCCUACCCAGGCAUGGUGAACCGGGAGGUGCUGGAGCAGGUGGAGCGCGGCUAUCGGAUGCCGUGCCCGCAGGGCUGCCCCGAGUCGCUGCACGAGAUGAUGAAGCUGUGCUGGAAGAAGGAGCCCGACGAGAGGCCCACCUUCGAGUACCUCCAGUCCUUCCUGGAGGACUAUUUCACCUCCACAGAGCCGCAGUACCAGCCUGGAGAGAACCUAUAGCCUGCCCGGCGGGGUUAAAGACGGACCAGUCCGCAGCACUCAUGCACAAACACCAACUUUCCCCCCUUUUUUUGCCCUCAUUCUUUUUAAUUACCUGGUUUUGUUACAUUUAUAUUAUAUAUAUAUUAAAUUCUCAUUACUGCAUAAGUCUUAGCUGUGUGAAUUUUACAUUUUUAAUGUUGUUUUUUUUCCCACACGUGUUGUUUCAGAUGUUUUAAACUGUGGGAUUCUUCCUGAUGAACACAGUUUUAUAUUUCUGUGAAAUAAGCUGUGACUAAAAGGCUUUCAAAAUAAAAACAAACCCAAAUGUUAACCCGAGUAAGCAAUUCAGCGCAGAAAUGUCCAUGUCACCUGCCUCCAAAUUGUAGUAUAUUAGUAAAUUAUGCUUCCAAAUGAUUAAUUAUUGAAAAAAUAAUAUAUUUUCCUAAUAGGGAGAGGUACUCAGGGGGUUGAUGGGGUUUUUAUCACAACCCAGUUGGCAGUGAUGAUUUCAAAGCAAUUCCCACACAGCCUGACUUUAUUUACAUUUCAUCUGUUUCUCCAUGUUUUUUUUAUAUAUAUAAAUAAUGUUUGACUGAGAUUUUACCAUAAAUGUAUUCAUAUCAAAUGGACUUUGUUUGAUGCGUCAUUUCGUCAUCCUCCAGAGAAGUCCUUUAUGAAACCAAGGCCAUGAUUCCUCCUCCCUCCUCUGCCCUGCUGGUUAUAAUCUCACUGUAAUCAAUACAGAGACGCGCUUACAUAACAGCAGGCUGGACAUGGUGUCACUGAUUUGAUUUCAAAGCAAGUCUGUGAGCUUGUGGAGGUUUUCUUUUCAUUUUUUUUAAUAUUAUAUCAAAACCAGACUGACACAUGGGAUGUACCCGUCUGUUUGAGCAUGAACUUGCCGGACUGUUUUUGAUGCGAUCAAAGCAACAAAAGAGUCAGAAACAACCGUUUUAUCCUCUGCUGAAGCGCUCUGACUUUCACGGUCACGUAUUUGAAGGUGGCACAAUAGAAACCAUUUGUACUGCGGUGAAAAUGGCAGUUUUUGCAGAAACUGUUUGGUAUUUUGUUCCCACGUGGACUCAUGAGGACAGUAUUAUUGUGAAAGCAACUCCAGUGGACUGCAGAGCUGACCAAGAAGGGCUUUGCAUAUUUCAAACUUCUCAUUUUGUAUUAUGAUUAUUAACAUUGACAGAACUGUAGAAGUGAUUUCAGACCCUUAUGGAGGGGAUUUGUACAAUAAAGAUGUGAU